UUUCAAGUAGAGGCUGCUGGCUGCAGAUGGAGUUGUAAUAUCUGUCUUGUAAGUUUUAAUUUCUCUGUCGUAAAAUGCACAAUAUAAACCAAAAAAAUAUGGCUAGAUCAUAACAAGCUGAAAUCAGCGAAGAGAAGUGAGCAUCACCAUACUUGUUAUUCUUGUUAAUUCUGUAUGAAUAAUGCUACUGUUUCGACGAAUCAGACAUUUUCCUUCCAACCACAUCAAUUUUGGAAAUACAUUUUACAGCUCCUGGCCUUCGAGAUGGUGCCUCAAAACGUCUUCCAAUACAUUUUCCAGCACAACCAAAUCUCUUACGAUUUUUUACAAGAAAUUACCCACACUAACUUUUUUUCAACCAACUUUUCGUUGCCACAUCUCAAGUCUUCGUUAUUUCAGAGCAGUUAACCGAUAUGGAGGCAAAGGAAGAAGUCAAAUCCGUUUUUCGUCAAAUAAUGUAGAGAAAAAAAUAAAAAGUGGCUGGAAUUUGCAAUCAGUCUUUGGUAAAACUGGGAAACAGAAGAGCCAAGGCCGUGAAAUAAGAAGACUUGCUGAGUUAGCAAAGCCAGAAUGGAAGAAGCUUGGAGUUGCAUUUGGAUUGCUGGUCCUUUCAUCAUCUGUUACAAUGCUGGUGCCUUUUUGUAUUGGAAAACUGAUCGAUAUCAUAUACAAUUCAACCGAAGAUUUUACAGAAAUGCUUUGGAAUUUGAAAGUUACAUGUGCAGUGUUAUCAGUGACAUUUUUGGCUGGGGCACUAGCAAAUCUAGGAAGGGUUUACCUUGUUCAGACCUCAGGGCAAAGGAUUGUUAACCGUUUACGACAGAAAAUAUUUGGCUCAAUCAUUCGCCAAGAAACUGCUUUCUUUGAUAAAAAUCCAACAGGAGAAUUGAUCAACCGUCUGUCAACAGAUACAACCUUAGUUGGAAAAUCGAUCACAGAUAAUAUAUCAGAUGGUCUACGAUCUUUCGCCCAAGGUGUUGCUGGGGUUUCGUUAAUGGUUUUCGUAUCACCGAAACUUGCUGGCUUAGUUCUAAGCAUAGUACCACCAGUUGUUUUGUUUAGUGUAAUAUACGGCAGGUAUGUUCGGAAUAUCACAAAACAGGUCCAAGAUUCACUGGCUGAUGCCUCUCAGGUGGCAGAGGAGAGAAUAAGUAACAUCAGGACCGUAAGAGCAUUUGCUCAGGAAAUAAAAGAGACACAGAGAUACGACGGGAGAGUGGAUUCGGUAUUGCAUUUAGCUUAUAAAGAGGCUUUGGCGAGAGCUGCAUUUUUUGGAUUUACAGGUUUUUCUGGCAACAUGAUUGUCAUCACUGUACUCUACAGUGGCGGUUAUAUGAUGACGCAGGCGCAAAUGACAGUUGGUGAUCUGACGUCAUUCUUGCUGUAUACGGUCUAUGUUGGAAUGUCAAUUGCAGGCCUAAGUACUUUUUAUUCUGAGCUCAUGAAAGGCGUCGGAGCAAGUGUUAGGAUUUGGCAGCUUGCUGAUAGGCAGCCUGAAAUCCCUGUUACAGGAGGACUUAUACCACCAGGCGUUCUCAAAAACAUCAGUAUAAAUUUUAGUAAUGUUCAUUUUACGUAUCCAUCAAGAAAGGACACCCCGAUAUUGAAAGGAGUGGAUUUAUUUGUUCCAUCUGGAUCCAUAACUGCAGUUGUAGGUGCUAGUGGAUCUGGGAAGAGCACAAUAGGUUCCCUUCUCCUUCGCUUAUACGACCCAGACUGCGGCCAUAUCAGUGUCGGAAACUACGAUGUAAAAAAGCUUGACCCCACGUGGCUUCGAAAGUAUAUCGGGACAGUCAACCAGGAACCAAUAUUGUUUUCCUCCUCUAUUGCUGAAAACAUUUGUUAUGGCCUUGAUGACCUGUCUGAGAUGGACACUGAGAAAAUCGUAGAGGCAGCUGAGAAGGCCAACGCUAUGGGAUUUAUAGAAUCGUUCCCAAAUGGAAUUAACACAUUAGUUGGAGAACGCGGCCAGAUGUUAUCAGGUGGUCAACGUCAGAGAAUAGCCAUUGCAAGAGCGAUCAUGAAGGACCCCAAAAUUCUCCUUUUGGAUGAAGCGACAAGCGCGUUGGAUGCAGAGAGUGAGUAUUUGGUUCAAGACGCGUUGCAGAAGCUUAUGGUUGGUAGAACAACGAUAAUAAUCGCCCAUCGACUGUCUACUAUAAAGGCAGCGCACCAGGUAGCAGUUGUCGACAAUGGAAAAAUCGCAGAAUCUGGUACCUAUGAGGAGCUGAUUCAAUUGAAGGAUGGCUUGUUUCGAAAACUUGUAGAGAAACAGUCCAAUAUGACUGAACAUUAAAAAAUUGAUGCUAGUUACAUUUUUCAAUUAUCGAUAUAAAGUUUUACCCUUUGUCUAAAGUUUUUCAAGGUUGAGGUGUCUAAGUUUUAUUUUGCAGUAGUGAUUCAUUAAAAAAUAAAUUCUUUAUGCGGGAUGGUUUGAUUCGGUCACAAAUAUCAACAAUUAAAAGGCACCUAUUCAUUUAAUCAACGUAAAAUAUAAGAAUAAUUUAUCUUAUGCUUUUGAAUUACAGUAAACACCAGUGUAUAAGGGCGUAAAAUUUCACCAGUCAGUAUAAGUAGGUUCCUCGAUAUGAGCAGCAAAUGGGAAAUAAUGGA